AAAAUCAUGAAUGAGAACAGUAUGUUGGCCCCUGCUGGGGGCAGGAGUCUGCUGGCCGAUUCAUCUGUCUUUGACUGCAAAAUCACAGAGACGUCAAAAGAAAAUAUUUUUUCUGUUCCUACAGAUGUUGAUGAAGACAUGCCCCAAAUAGAAACGAGAGUGAUUCUGGUUGAAGAUGCUGGAAAAAAUGAAGCAUUAUUAAAAGCUUUUGAGACAGUUAAGCUAAUGGAAGUUCCCUUUGUAAAGAUAAGGGAAAAUUGUCAAGAGAAAUCCAGAGAAUCGUUUAUAAAAAGUAUUGUAAAUAUGGAAAUCAAACUACCACAUAUAACAACGGAAGCAGUGGAACAGUAUGUAGAAGCCGAUGCCCCGGAGUUUGAAAAUGUGUUUGUUCUAUCCGAUUUCCAGCAUCCUUCCUUCCAAGCCCUGUAUAAAGCCGAUUGCAGAGUGCUUGGCCCACCAGUUAUCUUGUACUGUGCACAGAAGGGAGAGUCUUUGCCGUUUUCAUCUAGACCUCUGUACUGUGCCAGCAUGCUUAAUCUAGUCUUGUGCUUUACUGGUUUCCGAAAGAAGGAAGAACUGGUGAAGCUUGUGACUUUAGUACAUCAUAUGGGAGGAACGAUACGAAAAGACUUUAGCUCUAAAGUGACCCACCUUAUUGCCAACUCUACUCAUGGAGAUAAAUUUAGGGUUGCUGUCAGUUUGGGAACCCCUAUCAUGAAGGCUGACUGGAUUCUAAAAGCCUGGGAAAGAAGGAAUGAACUGGAAUUCAGUGCGAUAGAUGAGACCUUCAAAAACGAAUUUAAGGUUCCCCCAUUUCAGGACUGCAUACUGAGUUUUCUUGGGUUUUCAGAAGAGGACCGAGUCAGCAUGGAGGAGAUGACUGUAAUGCAAGGUGGGCAGUUCUUGACUGUUGGGGAUGAAAAAUGCACUCAUCUGGUGGUUGAAGAAAACUCUGUAAAAGAGUUGCCCUUUGAGCAGCCAAAGAAACUUUAUGUUGUAAAGCAAGAGUGGUUUUGGGGAAGUAUACAGAUGGACGCUCGAGCUGGAGAAACAAUGUACUUGUUUGAAAAGCAUGACAGUCCAGCACUCAAAAAAUCUGUGUCGCUGCUUUCACUGAAUACACCUAGCAGUAAUCGUAAGAAACGCAGAUUGAAAGAUACGCUUGCACAGAUAACCAGAGAAACGGAUAUGUCCCCCUUUCCACCUCGGAAACGCCCAUCAGCUGAGCAUUCUUUGUCUAUGGGAUCACUGCUUGACAUCUCAAACACCCCGGAAUCUGGAAAGUCACUGUCAGAUACACCAAAAUUUUCUGGAAAGCCUUCCAAAAUCUCUGCGCCAAUACCCCAAAAACAAUCUGCAAGAUGGCAAGUUGCAAUGGAACUGUAUCAGACUGAAAGCAAUUAUGUUGACAUUCUCACUACAAUUGUGCAGCUGUUUCAAAUUCCACUAGAAAAGGAGGGUCAAGUUGGUGGGCCUAUUCUUGCUCAAGAAGAAUUAAAAACUAUUUUUGGCAGUAUACCAGAUAUUCUGGAAGUUCACACCAAAAUAAAGGGAGAUUUGGAAAUUCUUAUGAUGGACUGGGCAGAAACCAAAAGUAUUGGUGAUGUCAUUCUUUCAUAUUCAAAGGAUUUGGUGAAAACCUAUCCUCCAUUUGUAAACUUCUUUGAAAUGAGCAAAGAAACAAUUAUAACAUGUGAGAAACUAAAGCCAAGAUUCCACGCUUUCCUUAAGAUUAAUCAAGCAAAACCAGAAUGUGGGAGACAAACAUUAGUGGAAUUAUUAAUCCGACCUGUUCAAAGGUUGCCUAGUGUUGCCCUGCUUCUAAAUGAUCUCAAGAAGCAUACAACAGAUGACAACCCAGAUAAAAUUAAGCUUGAGAAGGCUAUAGAAUCUCUUAAAGAGGUGAUGACUCAUAUUAACGAAGAUAAAAGGAAAACUGAAGGGCAGAGGCAGAUCUUUGAUGUGGUUUAUGAAGUGGAUGGAUGUCCUGCAAAUCUAUUAUCCUCGCAUAGGAUGCUGGUACAGAGAGUGGAAACGAUUGCUCUUGGGGAAGAUCUGUGUGACAGAGGAGAACAAGUCACACUCUUUCUAUUUAAUGAUUGCCUUGAGAUUGCAAGGAAAAGGCAUAAAGUCAUUGGUACAUUUAAGAGCCCUCAUGGCCAAACAAGGCCACCUGCAUCCCUUAAGCACAUAAUCUUGAUGCCACUGUCGCAGAUAAAGAAAGUCCUUGAUAUCCGGGAAACUGAUGCUUGUGUCCACAUUAAGGAGAUUCGCCCUUUCUUUGUCCUGGAAAAUUUGAUUUAUACUACUGAUCCUGAUUCAUUAGAAGUGAACACAAGAGAUGUGGAUAGUACAUUAAGUCGGGCAUCGAGAGCUAUAAAGAAAACUUCCAAGAAAGUCACAAGAGCUUUUUCAUUCUCGAAGACGCCCAAGAGAGCCCUGCAGAGGGCGCUAAUGGUACAUAAUACUCCAGAUAACAGGAGUCCUGGCCCAAGCACUGAGGGAUUUGCUAGCAGUCGCAUGCCAAGUACCACUUCUUUAGCAAAUGUCCAAUCUCCUUCUUUGAUUAACUUGUUUGAGCGGAAAUACCAUACGUUCAGUCGUUCAACAACCCAUCUUAUCUGAACGCUGACGAGGCUUUAUCCUGCAAUGACUGACAAAAGCUGCUGUCUGUUAAGACUUUCUGAUCCAAGAUGGUACUUCUUCCCUCGUAGCACUUCUCAGCAGCUUGCAAAGGACAUGCAUUGGAUUUUGUAAAAAUGUUAUAUAAAGUAAAAGUGUUAUAUAGUGCU